AUGUAAUGUUGCUCGCCUUAUCUCUGUUUGUUUUGGGUGUGUUGUCAUAUUAUGUUGUGAUAGUGUGUUAUCAAUGAUUUAAAAUCAAAAUAAUCCCAAGCUAUGGGUUUUAGAGAUAGGACUUAUCUUUAUCUUUUCUUUCUAAUUAUAGUUAGUGUUUUUGUGAUAAGUGCAGCACCAAUUUUCCUCAUUUUCUCCGUUUCAGCAUUUUUCCUAGUCCUCAGUCAUAACAAAAAUAGCAAAAGUCAAAACUUUUGGAAAACCACCCAGUUCGAAAAUGAACCACCAGAAGACAAACGAAUUAAAAUUGUUUGGUGCACCAUCAGCCGCCCCGAACAACGCAAAUGCCGUAAUUUUGCAAUGGCUAAUGAAAGAGACAAGAUCAAAGUGGGUUAUGACGCCUUCAAAAUAGAUUGCAUCCAGGCCUAUGAUAAAGAGGAAUGUAUGCGUCUACUUGAUCAAGGCAAUGCUACAAUUACAACACUUGACGCUGGUGAGGUUUUUGUGGGGGGGCGCUAUAACAGUUUGGUCCCUAUAUCUCAAGAAGUACUAGAAGGGGGCUCACAACACUACUAUGCGGUUGCAGUUAUUAAAAAAGACACUCUUCCAGAAGUACACAGUCUUUUUGAUUUAAAAAGUACGAGAGCGUGCUUUGCAGGCGUUGAGAAAUUUGCGGGAUGGGUGGUCCCAAUUUAUACAUUGAUGAAUGAGGGCGGCAUGGAGAUUAUUGAUUGUAAUAAUCAUGUGAAAACAGCAACAAAAUAUUUUGGGCCUUCUUGUGCCGUCAAUUGUUUAACCGAUAAGUACAACCCCAUUGGGGAUAAUUCAGAUAGGUUGUGCCAACUUUGUAUAGGGAAGAUACCAGGGGGGAGGUGUUCCAGUUCAGAUCCGUAUGCGGGGUAUGAAGGAGCUUUUCGGUGUUUGGUAGAAGCAGGGGAUAUUGCGUUUUUGAAACAUACUACUGUUGCGGAGCUGGUAGCACUGGAUGAGUUUGUGUCAAUAACGAAAGAGUCUUUCCAACUUCUCUGCAAAGAUGGUUCUCGCCGCCCAGUGGACGACUACAUGUCGUGUAAUUGGGGCCGAGUCCCCUCCGACGCCAUCGUCACAACAUCAGCAUCGUCUUUCGAAAAACGUAAAAAGUAUCAACUAUUCCUCGAAAAAGCAGCUAAAAUAUACAACCAUGGAAAUCGUCACAACACGAGUCAAUACGACCAAGAUCAAAACCGCUACGACAGCCGCGAACCCCAAUACGAUCAAUUCGGUAACAGGAUCAAUGACCAUCCGGACGACGAUCGGUACGGCAGACCCGAAUACGAUCAGUAUGGCAACAGAGUAACCGAGCGGCCCGAAUAUGAUCAGUACGGCAACAGAGUAACCCCUCAACCCGAAUACGAUCAAUACGGCAACAAAGUAACCGCUCGACCCGAAUAUGAUCAAUACGGCAAUAAAGUAACCGAUCGACCCGGGUAUGAUCAACACGGCAACAGAGAUACUGCUCAACCCGAGUAUGACCAAUACGGCAAUAGGGUGUCGCGGUAUAAGCGUCAAAACUUCGGUAACUUUGGCGGGCAGGACCGGCCUAGGUAUGAUUCAAAUAACUAUAAUCAAUACGGACGUGAUGAGACACCGAAUAAUGACCCGUAUCGGACGAAUAACGAUAAUAGAUAUGGAAAUACGGAACGACCAUUUUAUCGAGAUCCGCACAUUUAUAACAGACAGGAGUAUGGUGUGAACAUAGACCCUUAUGAAGAUGGCAGCUAUAACAGAAAUAGGGAUCAGUUUUACAAUAACUCGUUGCCUGAUUAUUAUGAUAACGGCAACAGAAAUAAUACGUUUUUUGAGGUCUUCAGCUUGUUCGAGUCGUCGCCGAGGUACGGAAUUCACGGAAAUUUGCUAUUCCAGGACUCAACUCGAAACAUCGUCCCUCUCAAUGAAAAUCUCCAAACUUACACCAGCUUUCUAGGCAACUCCAUGAAUGUAUUAAUGGGAGUAAGAGAAUGUCCAGUUAACCGCAUGACUCUUUGCGUGACAUCAGAAGUCGAAAAAGACAAAUGCAUCAAAAUGAAGAUUGCGCUUAAAGCCCAACUCCUCAAACCUGACAUGGAAUGUUACAGAGGACACUCACAAAUUAACUGUAUGCAGGCAGUCAGGUCCGGACUAGCCGACGUUACUGUUUUAGACGCUAGCGAUAUCUAUACUGCCGGCUUAAACUUCGAAUUAAUCCCCUUCAUUAGUGAAAUUUACAAUUUAAAUGAACCAGAAUCUUAUGUCGUAGCAGUAGGUAAAGAAUCAGACCCAGAUACCGAAUUAACGUACUUACGAGGCAAAUACACUUGCCACGGAGGAAUUAACACCGCCGCAGGUUGGGUCUACCCUCUCGCCUUCCUCAUAAGCAACGGCUGGAUCCGCCCCUACGGCUGCAACAGCAUUCGCGCCGCCGCCGAGUAUUUCUCCAAAAGCUGCGUCCCGGGGGCUCUGAGUACGGAGUACAACACAGGUGUGCCAUAUGACAACAUGUGCGACCUGUGUCAUGGUACCAGCUACCGGUACUGUCGCCGAGACGCCUCCGAGGACUAUUACGGUCAUACGGGAGCGUUCAGGUGCCUGGUGGAAGGCGGCGGUCAGGUGGCGUUCGUUACACACACGACGGUGACGCAGAAUACGGGUGGCAAGAGGGAGGAAUGGUGGGCUAGGGAUAACUUGAACGACGACUUUGAGUUGUUGUGUCCGGAUGGUACAAGGGCGGAAAUUCAGGACUACGAGAAGUGUAAUUUGGGGAAGGUUAAGGCGAAUGCGAUUGUGACAAGAGGCGGUUAUGGGUACAACGAAACGCAUUUGAAUGCGUUCAUUAAUUUGUUCUUGUACGCGCAGACGUUUUAUGGGAGGAGGACAACGGAUGAGUUUAGUUUCAGUAUGUUUUCCUCAAAACCGCCCUUCACGGAUCUGAUAUUCCAAGAUGCAACAACUCAGUUGAAGGUCAUUCACCCAACCAAACGUCAUUAUGCCGAAUAUCUAGGCAGCGACUUCCUGAGGGCUCGAAGGAUCGUCGAUUGUCACGCAGGAAGUGCUUCAAUAAGUGCCUCCAUUAUCACAUUAUUGAGCGUCUCUGCUGUUGUUAUGAUUGUUAGGCUUUAAGUUAUUUUAAGCACAUUUUUAUACGUUUUUAUAUUUUAUCUUUUGAUGUGUACAGAAUCGUGUCCGUCCAUUUAGUGAUUUGUUUGGGGUCAAAUACCAUAUGUUAAAGAGAUUAAUGUAAUUUUCCGUCCGCAGUCAUAUCAUUACAGAUAACGAAAAAACAGAUUUUGUAAGACGUAAAUUAUAAUUUUACAAUAA